AUGGCUGAUCCCCUCAGCGUCGUCUCGGCCAUCAUCGGUAUCAUAGCCGCCGCGGGGAAGGUGGCCGAGAUCCUAGGACCUCUAGUCUCAAGCAUCAAAGACGGUAAGAACACUGCGCGCGAGAUACGAGACCAGGUCGAAGAAUCACGCGCCAUCUUACAAGCACUACAAAAGUUGUUCGAUGAUCUGGAACAAUCUCCACGGCGACGAAGGGAGCUUAUUCAAAUCGAUCAAUUGAGGGCGACGCUGUGUGAUGGCACCGUCAUUUUCAGCGACCUAGAGCCCCUUGUGGUGCAACUGAGCACUUCAAGCGAGAGUUUGCGCAGUCGUGUACAAUGGGUUCGCAAAAGGGAUCAGCUCGAAGCUUUUAGUAGGAGGCUGGAGCGCUUCAAGGCCUCGGUAAACACAAUGCUCAACAUCCUUCAAUG